CAGUCGAAGCAGGAGCAAGAAGAGGGCAGAAAGCGUAGAGAUCGCUCUCGGUUUUAUUAUGCUAAAUUUGAUCAGCAUUUCCCAAUCUAACCGGUCGGACUCAUGGUGAAGAGAAAGAAGACGUCGCCUACUAGCGAAGAGCACGAAAAUGGCAUGACACUGGGCUCCAGGGAGGGGAUCGGUGUCGAUGGGGGGAGGAAUCCGUCCAGAAAGCCCGAAGGUUGCGACGAGGAGGAGAGCGGAGAGCAGGCGAGCGAGGAGCGCAGUACAAAGGGAGACGACGGAGAGGAGAUCCUUAAUCCAUCAGCCCCGGCUCUCAGCCCCGGUCCAGCUCCGGUGCUGCCCGCCUCUCCACCGAACCGAGCCGGGCUUGGCUGUACCCAGCAGUCCCAGACCUCAGCGGAUCCCACCCCUCCUUGUCACGACCAGCAUCAUUUUCUCCGAUCAAGCGUCCGACCUCCGAGCAAACGCAUCCGGAAAGAUUCAAUCGGCUCCACCAUCAAUGGACACGGCGGGGCAAAAUCCAAAGGGGCGGAGAACGGCUCUUCCUCCCAGGGGGCAGUGGGACAGUCGGGGCCUGUGGCCGGCUCCACAGGGGGAGUGUCGAAAGCCUCCAAGGGCCAAGGGUCUGCUGAGAAGGAGGAGCAGGCUGGCAACCAGAAGAGGGCCAGGCGGCAGUGGGAGUCCUGGAGCACCGAGGACAAAAACAGCUUUUUUGAGGGACUCUACGAGCAUGGGAAGGAUUUUGAGGCUAUCCAGAACAACAUCGCAAUGAAAUACAAGAAAAGAGGCAAGCCAGCCAACAUGGUGAAGAACAAGGAGCAGGUUCGACACUUUUACUACCGGACCUGGCACAAGAUCUCCAAACACAUCGACUUUGCAACUGCGUACUCCAGGGUGCUGAAGAAAUCCUCCCAAGAACUGUACGGCCUCAUCUGCUACGCCGAGCUCCGCAAAAAAGUUGGAGGGUUGAUGGACGAUAAGAACGUGGCAAAGCUGAACGAAUUAAUCCAGCAAGGGGCCACCACGGUGCGCUCCAAAGGGAGGAACUUACGAAUCAAAGCGCCGAUGUGCCGAGCCCUGAAGAAACUCUGUGACCCAGACGGAGUUAGCGAUGAGGAGGACCAGAAGCCGGUGCGUCUCCCCCUGAAGGUGGCAGUGGAGCUCCAGCCGCGCAGUAACCACUCCUGGGCUCGCGUUCAGACCCUCGCCCACAACCCCCGCCUCAGCUGUAUUCACCUUGCAGGUGCUGCUAUGNCUGCCCCUGCCCCCCCGCCACCUGAACCCCAGCCCCCAACUUCCUCUUCCUCCUCCUCCUCUUCCCCUUCCUUACCUGCUAAAGAAUCGAAAGAGUCUGGUAUUGAGAAGAACCACGAGCCCCACCUGGGACCGAAGCCUCGCUCUCACAACCGGGUCCUCAACCCCCCCGGAGGAAAGUCUAGUGUGGUAUUCUACUGA